UCGAAUUGAACGGAAGAACUCAGUUUCUUAGAGAUGUUGUUACUGAUUUUGGCAGGUGUUGUCUGUGCCUUGGGUGGAUAUCUGUACUGGAUUCAUCGAAAACAGUACAGAUUCGCGGACAAAUGGCCCACGCUAAAGCCUGUAUAUCCUUUGCUUGGAAAUACCCUGAUCAUGGUGGGCAAAACUAAUGUGGAGAGAUUUGAAGUGCUAAGACACGUGUUUCGUUCAACUGAUAGAAUUAUUCGACUUUGGGCUGGACCAAGACUUUUACUUGCUACCAGUCAUCCGGAUUUGAUUCAGCAGAUUUUAACGAAUCCCUAUUGCCUGGAGAAACCGUUUUUCUACAAGUUUGUCGGAUUUCAUGAUGGACUUUUCACCGCCAAAUAUUCCAUAUGGAAGCCAACCCGGAAACAGUUGAAUCCGUGUUUCAAUCAGCGGGUUACCAACAGUUUCAUUCCGGUGUUUGUAAGAUGUGCCGAGAAGAUGGUAGCCAGUUUAAAUGAAUGUGAGGAUGGUGCUACUGUCAAUAUGCUUUAUUAUACGAGCGUUUGUACCGUUGAAAUGGCAUGCGGAACAACACUCGGAACAGAUAUUCUGGAUAGAAAAGGCAAGCGGGAGUUUAGGCAGGCAUUGAACGUUGCUUCCGAAUGUGUCUCAAGAAGAAUGACCUGCGUUCAUCUCUAUCCGGAUUUUACAUACCGAUUCACAAAAUUACACAAGGAAUGUAAUGAAGCCAGGAAAACUGUCGUAUCAUACUAUACCGAGCUUGUCAAUGAACGAAAAGAAUACCUGUUGAAAUCGAACAGUAUCAGUUUGAGUGACAAUGAGGAAGAUGCAACCAAACCCAAGAUUCUUGUUGACAAAUUACUGACGACAUUCAAAGAGGAUGGUAAACCGUACACGGACAAGCAAAUUACCGAUAAUAUCUAUGCUACUAUGACUGGGGCUACAGACACAGGAGGCCUGCUGACAGCUUACUGCUGCUUGUUCAUGGCUUUCUAUCCGGAAGUACAGGAACGAUUGUAUGCCGAAAUUACUGAAUACUUCCCUGUCGACAGUACUGAGCUAGAUUUCAGUCCGGAAACUAUCAAAGAGCUUAAGUACACCGAAAUGUUUCUGAACGAAGUACAGCGUCACUGGACUGCAGUACCUCAGAUAGCUCGACAAAAUACUGCCGAGAUCGUGAUCGAUGGCGUUACAGUUCCCCCAGGGAACAUAAUCAUCAUGAGCAUGAUUGAGCUGCACAAACGGAAGGAUGUUUGGGGUGCAGAUGCGGAGAAGUUCGAUCCAGAGAAUUUCUCACCGGAACGGGUGAAGGGUCGUCAUCCAUUUGGAUUCCUGCCGUUUAGCGGUGGUAAACGGAUGUGUGUUGGCUAUCGUUACGGAAUGCUCGCCUUGAAGAUACUGAUGGUGCAUCUUGUGCGGAGCAUCAAAUUCAGCUCCAAAAUCAAACCGGAAGAUGCUGCGUUUGAACAUGAUUUAACAUUGAAGUUAGCGUUCGAUGCAGCAGUGCAGUUUCAUAAACGGAAGAUUGGGAAAUAGACAUCUUGUUUUGAAAUAAUUUUUUUAGUGUACUAUGUAUGGUUAUAUUUUUCCUUCGACAUUUGUUAAACGAAUGAAGUGCAAAUAAUCGGUAAGACACAUUAGUGGUUAAUAUUCCAAGUGGGUUAUUUUUAUCUAUUUUAAUUCUGAUCCUUGAACUUGAUGUCUCUAGUGAUGAUUAAACAGGUUUACAUAUUUACUUUAAUGGUGCACAUCUCGUCUCCGGGUUAUGACCGAACGAAUUGUAGAUUUCCAGGACUCUCGAUUAGGAAAUAGUGUUAAAGUGUCUGUGCGAUGUAAUUUAUAG